AUGGAUGAGAGCUUUAGACCCGCGCCAAUAAAUUACGGUAGAAGGCCCCCACCACAUCCGUUCUUUGGACAGGAUGGCGAUCACAGUGAUGAAAGUGUGUGCGGUCCCCAGCGCAACUUUACUCAUCAGCCUCACCCACAAUAUGGGCGGAGUAAACAAAAGCUUCCUAAAAUCGAAUACAACCAACCACGCUUCUCGCCCUACCAACUUCCACUGGUCAACGUUGCCCUCUGUGUUGACGACAUGGAAGGUAUAAACGAUCGUCACGAAAUUCCGGCAAAAUACCUGCAGAAGUAUCCUCGAAUCUUUGAUCUCCUUGGACCUGUAAUCCAUGGACGCUAUAUUCACGUACAGCUUUCUGGUAUCUCUCGCAGAAUCGUGCACACCAUAGCACAUUUCGUGUGUACGGGUGAAUAUGAGACAAUUGAGACAGAUGCUCAAGCAGAAUCCUUCGAUGAGCGGCAAGAUGUACGCGAAGAAUUCGAAAAAAGCGUUGAAGUCUAUCAUGCAGCGAAGAAAUACGAAAUUCAUGAUCUUCAGGUGCUGGCCGAAAAACACAUGGAACAUUUUGGGGCAUCAAUGACCUCCAAGGACAUCAUAUCUUCCACUAGAAACGCUUUCUUGGAUCUCCCGCGGGGUGAAAUAUGGCUUCCAAAUUUUGUCAAGAAAGUCAUUGAGCGUGAACUUGUGGCUGGAAAGUCCGAUGCCAACAUUCGUGCCAUUUUCGGGAAACGCAACCUGGAGGGAUCUGCCGCUUUCAACGCUACCAUUUUAUGGAUGAUUAUUGAUAUCCUCUCUGCGCGUGUACAUGACUUGGAAAAUGAGGUUCACAUCAAAGACAACAUUGCGCCCGAAGUUAAGGAUGAUAGAGAACCUGAGAGUGUGGCAGCAAGUGAACCAGUCACGGCUACCAACAAAUCUGUGAGGCGACCGGAAGAGUCUACAUCCUCUGAAGAUGGAUUCGUAGUCAAUGGAUCUACUGUUGCUACGCCUGAAGAGAGCACCGCGAACGAGUCUUUUGCAUCUCGAGCCAUUCCUGCUGCAGUGGCCGCUGACCAUCCCGAUGAUCCUGUGCCUGCACGCACUGAUGACCGUUUAUUUCGCUACAGUACGUUCGCGUGGCCUCCAUUCCAACCUCCUAUGAAUUAUAACGCUUUUGCCGAUGAACCUGAGCCUGCGGGCCAUGUCGCUGCAUAUCUUGGUGAGGAGGAUGUUCCUGGAGCCGAAGAGCCUACUGUUGAGGCCGAAGAGCCUUACCUCCCUGAGCCUCCCGCUGAAGGACCUCCCACUGAAGACCCUCCUGCGCAAGAGGCUCCUGCGGAAGAGGCUCCUGCGGAAGAGGCUCCUGCGGAAGAGGCUCCUGCGGAAGAGGCUCCUGCGGAAGAGGCUCCUGCGGAAGAGGCUCCUGCGGAAGAGGCUCCUGCGGAAGAGGCUCCUGCGGAAGAGGCUCCUAUGGAAAAGGCUCCCACGGAAAAGGCUCCUGCGGAAGAGGCUCUUGAGGAAGAGACUCCAGUUGAAGAGCCUGCUAUCGAAACCACUCUUUCAGGCAUUUUACUGGCAAAAUCGAAAUUGUACAAGGAUUGGAAGGAAAUCAGCUUGCAUACAAGGCGUAAGAGGAGCAAAGUGCUAAAGAAGCGAGGCCUUCCUAUCCCUUCCGAAAACGGCAUUGUUUCGAUUGCGCUUUAA